AUGAGCCCUCUGCUGUACUACGCCCUGCCCGCCCUGGGCAGCUAUGUCAUGCUGUCCUUCUUCUUCCUGCGCCGACCUCGUCUGCUACACACACCAUGGGUUCCAGCCUUCCGUCCCCGCCUGGGGGCCCACCGUGGAGGAUCUGGAGAACGCCUGGAGAACACUAUGGAGGCUAUGGAGAACGCUAUGGCCCAGCGAGCGGACCUCCUGGAGCUUGACUGCCAGCUGACUCGGGAUGGCGUGGUGGUGGUGUCACACGACAAAAACCUGUUCCGCCAGACAGGUGUGAACAGGGAUGUGGACAGCCUGAACUUUGAGGACCUGCCCCUCUUAAAGGAAGAGCUAGAGGUCUACUUCUCACCGGGCCGCUUUGCACAAGGGGCCGACCGGCACAUGGUACGUCUAGAGGACUUGUUCCGGAGGUUCCCGCGGACGCCCAUGAGUGUGGAAGUCAAAGAGCGAAAUGAAGAGCUCAUUCACAAGAUAGCAGGCCUGGUGAGGCACUACGACCGCAACGAAAUCACUCUCUGGGCCUCAGAGAAGAGCUCCAUCAUGAAGAAAUGCAAGGCUGCUAACCCUGAGAUGCCCACCUCCUUCACACUGAGCCGAGGGUUCUGGAUGCUGCUCUUCUAUUACCUGGGGCUGCUGCCCUUCAUCUCCAUCCCCGAGAAGUUCUUCAUCUGCUUUCUGCCUACCAUCAUCAACAGGACCUACUUCCCGUUUUCCCGCUCAAGGCUGAAUCAGCUGGCGGCUGUGGUUGCCAAAUGGCUCAUCAUGAGGAAGAGUCUGAUCCAACAUCUGCAGCAGCGAGGGGUGCAGGUGGUAUUUUGGUGCCUUAAUGAAGAGUCAGACUUCGAAGUAGCCUUCAACCUGGGGGCCACUGGCGUCAUAACUGAUUACCCAACAGCCCUGAGGUGCUACCUGGACAGCCGUGGACCACCUGCCCUGGCUUCCUAA